AUGGAGAAGGAAAUGGGUUCAUCAGGCCCUGUAGGUCCCAAAGGAAUUCAGGGACCUCAAGGUCUUGAUGGCCAGAAAGGAGAACAAGGAAUGCCAGGAGAGAAAGGAGCUGGUGGGCAGCAGGGCAAUGCUGGGCCACCAGGUCAAAAUGGAAUGCCUGGACAAGGGGGGGUGGAUGGCCCUCCAGGUGAAAAAGGGGAACCUGGACCCACAGGAGACUCUGGUCCCCAGGGGGCUCCAGGACCACCAGGUUUAGCUGGUCAGAAAGGAUACAAAGGGACAAAGGGUGUACAAGGGCAUCAUGGGAGAAUCGGGGACCUGGGUAAAGCUGGCAGAAGGGGCAAGCGUGGUAAAGCUGGUCUUCGAUCUCCAAGAGGUUCCAGAGGACACAAGGGUUCUCCAGGUGAAAAGGGUCUCCAAGGUCUCAGUGGAUCCCCUGGCAUUUCUGGGGCUCCUGGACUUUGGGGUUUGAAGGGCACAAAAGGGCUCAAGGGGCAAAAGGGUGACAGAGGCAGCCGGGGGUUUCUUGGGCCACGAGGUGAUACUGGCUUUAAGGGCGAGGAUGGUCCUCCAGGGGUGCCUGGGAGGCCAGGACCAAAGGGGAAGGAGGGUGCUGCUGGCCCGCCAGGGCCCCUUGGUUAUGCUGGAUAUCCUGGUGUUCCAGGCUUCCUUGGACAAAAAGGCCUCAAAGGAUUAGAAGGAAUUCAGGGACCAAAAGGCAAAGCAGGCUUGCCUGGUAAACCUGGUGUUCCUGGACUACCUGGACCUUCUCUGAAUAUCUCCAAGAAAGAUCUGAAGCUACAUUCUUCCCACAAGCUGAAUUACAGCCUAGUGUGGGCUCUUAUGGACAACUUGAGGCAGGAGCUGAAGCGCCUGACUGACCCCCCGGAUGGCACCAAAGACCGCCCGGCCACUACCUGCAAAGAGCUUUUGGUGGUUCGGUCCCACCUAUUGGAUGGGUAUUAUUACAUUGAUCCCAAUCAGGGCAGCCCCCAAGACUCUCUGAUGGCCUUUUGCAACUUUACAGCGGGAGGAGAGACGUGUAUUUCUCCUGUGCAAAAUCAGGUCCCUCUCAAGGCUUGGUUGAGAUCCUAUGCAUCGGAAAGCACUUUUGAGUGGUUGAGUUCGCUUCCCGAUGGUUUCCCGCUCGAGUACCAGGGCCUGAACACCGUCCAGCUCCGUUUUCUGAAACUUCACAGCAGUCUGGCCACCCAGAAAGUGUCAUAUUCCUGCAGGCCCCACUCAGAUGGAAGCAAACAGCAUCUGGAAAAGGAAAUCAAGUUUCUUACAGAUUCCAAGGACCAAAGCUACUUGACUACUCUCCAGGGAUGUGUGCUGGAUAAUGAAUCUUCAAUCACGGAUACCAUCUUCUUUUUCUCCACGGAGGACCUCUCGCUGAUGCCUUUGCGCGAUCUGGCGGUAUUCCACAAUGGCGAUGUCUCCCAUCAGUUUGGAUUUACCAUUGGGCCUGUUUGCUUUCGCUAAACAUGCCUUUGAGCGAGCCCAUGUUCCUCCUAGAAAGGAAAGAACAUUUCCAAGAAAGAAGGAAGGAAGAUACGGAGGCCCUCCGCCGAUUCAGCCAGUUUUUAAAAGCCACUGCUCUGACUCAUGACUGCACUGCACUGUACAAAUUUCCCACACUUUCUUCUGAAGGAUGAAGAAUAUUAUGUUU